AUGGAUGCUGGAGUUUGUGUUCACCUUUCGUGGAAGGUAAAUGCUCAGAAUCAAUUACGCCCUCGCAAUGGGUGGCAACCUACAGGCUCAAGAGGGCCAUUCGCUAGCCAAGGCCAAAACAAUCACUCACAGAUCAAUCCUGAAGCACUCAAGGAACCGGACGUCCAUUCAUGGCUAGUGCAGCAGCGAGAAAAUUGUGAGUUAUGGAAUCAAAACAUCGCAUUGAAGGAAUGCCUACGAAAUGUUGGGCAAGAAAACUCUGCCCUAAGGGAGAUGUGUCGUCAAAAAGAGGUGAACAUUUCCCUGCUGGAAAAGAAAACAACGGAUUUGAAGGCUGAGUUGAGGUUUUACAGCGAAAUUCAGCAAGACCUAAAGCAAGUGUCGAAAGCUUUCGAUAUGAAGUCUGAAAAGGUAAGUUAUUCGAGUAUUUUUACAAAGUUUUGGUGGUGUCAUGAGAAUGACUACGGUUGCGCCAUGCAUAUGGAACUUCCGUUGGAAUCGUGGAGGAAUUUGUAG